CACUGUGUUCUCUCCAUGUGUGUAUUCAUAUCCAGAACACGUUGUUAUGAAACGUCUCGUUUGACUUGCCUCAGUCUGCAGAGAAGAGGCGGGUCAGGAGUGAGAGUCGGCCAUGAGCGAGGCUCUCUCUGGGAGAGGGAGAGCUUUGCUGUGUGCACUUACCUGUUCCUAUUUGUUCCCUCUGCCACUGCUGUUGUUUAUGUUUGUUGUUGUUGUUGCUGUUUUGACUCAGGUGACUCCUAUGACGUGUGUGCCAUCUGUCUGGACGAGUACGAGGAGGGUGAUAAGCUCCGGGUCCUGCCCUGCUCACAUGCUUACCACUGCAAGUGUGUGGACCCCUGGCUGACCAAGACCAAAAAGACCUGCCCGGUGUGCAAGCAGAAGGUGGUCCCGUCGCAGGGCGACUCGGACUCGGACUCCGACUCGGGCGAGAGCAGCCGCGAGGAGAACGAGGACGCGUCUGAGAGCACGCCGCUGCUGCGCUCGCUGGCCUCCACCAGCGCCCACUCCUUCGGCACCAUGAGUGGUUCGCCCUCGCCGCAGGGCCACGGCAACGAGUCCUCCGACUACGAGGACGAGGACGAGGACGACAUGGACACCAGCGACGACAGCGAGGAGGUCACCAUAGAGGCGGUGGUGGUGCAGCAGCUUCAGCAGUCGCCACGGCCAGACAAGGACGACGAGGAAAAGGGGCAUCUGCUAGUCUGAGAGGCCAUGCUCAGUCACAUCACGCAACUCCCACAACACACUGCACCCAAUUUGUCCAUACAACCAUUCAGGGGUACCAACAGCUCUAUAUUAAGAAUGUGUGUGGGAGUGUGUAUCUGUGUGAUCUAUACCCUCUCUUUAUUUUUGUCCCCCCCUAUCUCAGUAAAAUGCACAGAUCACAAAACUCACACAUUUUCUUCAUCAUGGUUGCUAUAAAAGAAUAAAGCAUUCGAAAGGGCAGGAGGAAAUGUAUCGCAUAAAUAAAAGAGGGACUGGUAUUAAGAAUACUGUAUUUUGCAUAAUGGGUGAUUAAGUAGCCUGGGAUUCAUUUCACACUGGAGAUAGGUUUGAGGAUUCCCAAUGUUCAAAGGAAUUAUACACUCAUCACUGUUGAGGAAUGGGUGGGUUUGUGUGUGUUGAAAGUGCUUGUAUAUAUAUACUGUGUAAUGUAUAGCUAACCACACAAACUACAUCAUUUAAACAGAACAAAAGACAGUUGAUUUGACUUCCUAGCUGGUUAUACAUGUUUUUCCAGCAGGUACUGUCGGGGAUGUAGGGUGGGAGGGCUCAUCUUCUAUACUGUACAUACACUCGCUGUAUAGAAUGCUCCUAAUCAACUUGACUAUGCAGUUCCCUUUUGUAAAAUCUAAAUAUUUUUCCCUCCUGAAAAGAAAGUGAUAUAUUGGGAACUUUUUUUGUCAAUAUAUUUCUUAACUGAGAUUGAGGAGUGCAGAGCCUCUUCUAUAGGAAUGUAAUCUGCUUUUAAAGCAAGUGCUAAAUGUUUGUCCACAUAAAAAAAAAUUUAGAAAGAAGCCAAACCGGUCUUUGAGAUGCAUCCAACCGCAGAAAGAAAGCAAAGGAGAUGCGGGGUGGGGGCUUCGUUUUCCAUGUGUUGUCAUAGGUAGUCUGGGAUUUAAGAUGUCAGACAUGGAAGGCUGGAAAAAGAAAUUGCUUGAACUACUCUUACAUUUCAUAGCACGCACCCACUGUCUAGAUCUUAGUAAGUCGCCUAACUCUGAAAAGGACAACUCUCUCUUUCCUCAAUAUUUCAGUGUCGUUCAAGGAGAGAUUACCAUGUGUUUUGUUCACCUCAUAUCAUUUAGUACUGUAAGUAGUAAGUAUAUACUACCGGUGAAGUUCAUUUUGUUUUUUUGUUUUUCUCUUGCUAACAUGACUUGAACUGUUACAGUACAUGUUGAAUAAGUCUGGUUGCCUUCUGAGAUGUAUAAGCGUUAAAAUUGUCUGGUUAUGCUCACACUUUGUAUUCAAAUUUCAUUUCACUUCAUGAAUAAAACGUUUUUGUUCAAAGUA